AUGGCGGGCUGGAUUCAGGCCCAGCAGCUCCAGGGAGAUGCACUGCGCCAGAUGCAAGUGUUGUAAGGACAGCACUUCCCCAUCGAGGUCCGGCACUACCUGGCCCAGUGGAUCGAGAGUCAGCCAUGGGAUGCCAUUGACUUGGACAAUCCCCAGGACCGGGGCCAGGCCACCCAGCUCCUGGAGAGCCUGGUGCAGGAGCUGCAGAAGAAGGCAGAACACCAGGUGGGGGAAGAUGGGUUUUUGCUGAAGAUCAAGCUGGGGCACUAUGCCACGCAGCUCCAGAACACCUACGACCGCUGCCCCAUGGAGCUGGUUCGCUGUAUCCGGCACAUUCUGUACAACGAACAGAGGCUAGUCCGAGAAGCCAACAACUGCAGCUCCCCUGCUGGUACCCUGGUCGACGCCAUGUCCCAGAAGCACCUUCAGACCAACCAGACGUUUGAGGAGCUGCGCCUCAUCACACAGGACACGGAGAACGAGCUGAAGAAGCUGCAGCAGACCCAAGAGUACUUCAUCAUCCAGUAUCAGGAGAGUCUGCGGAUCCAAGCUCAGUUUGCCCAGCUGGCCCAGCUGAACCCCCAGGAGCGCAUGAGCCGGGAGACAGCCCUCCAGCAGAAGCAAGUGUCCCUGGAGGCCUGGCUGCAGCGGGAGGCACAGACACUGCAGCAGUACCGUGUGGAGCUGGCUGAAAAGCACCAGAAAACCCUGCAGCUGCUGCGGAAGCAACAGACCAUCAUCCUGGACGACGAGCUGAUCCAGUGGAAGCGGCGGCAGCAGCUGGCCGGGAACGGGGGUCCCCCUGAGGGCAGCCUGGACGUGCUGCAGUCCUGGUGUGAGAAGCUGGCCGAGAUCAUCUGGCAGAACCGGCAGCAGAUCCGCAGGGCUGAGCACCUCUGCCAGCAGCUGCCCAUCCCAGGCCCCGUGGAGGAGAUGCUAGCCGAGGUCAAUGCCACCAUCACAGACAUCAUCUCAGCCCUUGUCACCAGCACUUUCAUCAUUGAGAAGCAACCUCCUCAGGUCCUGAAGACCCAGACCAAGUUUGCAGCCACCGUGCGCCUGCUGGUGGGCGGGAAGCUGAAUGUGCACAUGAACCCCCCGCAGGUGAAGGCGACCAUCAUCAGCGAGCAGCAGGCCAAGUCCCUGCUCAAGAACGAGAGCACCCGCAAUGAGUGCAGCGGCGAGAUCCUGAACAACUGCUGUGUCAUGGAGUACCACCAGGCCACGGGCACCCUCAGCGCCCACUUCAGGAACAUGUCCCUGAAAAGAAUCAAGCGAGCCGACAGGCGUGGCGCGGAGUCCGUGACGGAGGAGAAGUUCACGGUCUUGUUUGAAUCCCAGUUCAGUGUCGGCAGCAAUGAGCUGGUGUUCCAGGUGAAGGGCAGGGUGCCGUUUGCCGUGCCUGACAAGGUGCUGUGGCCGCAGCUGUGUGAAGCGCUCAACAUGAAAUUCAAGGCCGAAGUGCAGAGAAACCGGGGCCUGACCAAGGAGAACCUGGUGUUCCUGGCUCAGAAACUGUUCAACAGCAGCAGCAGCCACCUCGAUGACUACAACAGCAUGUCCGUAUCCUGGUCCCAGUUCAACCGGGAGAACUUGCCAGGUUGGAACUACACCUUCUGGCAGUGGUUUGAUGGGGUGAUGGAGGUGCUGAAGAAACAUCAUAAGCCCCACUGGAAUGACGGGGCCAUCUUAGGCUUUGUGAACAAGCAGCAGGCCCACGACCUGCUCAUCAACAAGCCCGAUGGGACCUUCCUAUUGCGCUUUAGCGACUCAGAAAUUGGAGGCAUCACUAUUGCCUGGAAGUUUGACUCUCCGGACCGAAACCUCUGGAACCUGAAGCCAUUCACCACGAGAGAUUUCUCCAUACGAUCCCUGGCUGACCGACUGGGGGACCUGAGCUACCUCAUCUAUGUGUUCCCAGACCGACCCAAGGAUGAGGUCUUUGCCAAGUACUACACUCCUAUACUUGCAAAAGCAGUGGAUGGAUACGUGAAGCCGCAGAUCAGACAAGUGGUCCCCGAGUUUAUCAAUGCAUCUGCAGAUGCUGGAGCCAGCGCCACCUACAUGGACCAGGCCCCGUCUCCAGUAGUGUGCCCCCAGGCUCAUUACAACAUGUACCCACAAAACUCCGACCAAGAUGGAGAAUUCGACCUGGAUGAGUCCAUGGAUGUAGCCAGGCAUGUGGAAGAACUCUUACGCCGGCCCAUAGACAGUCUCGACGCCCGCCUCUCCCCACCAGCUGGCCUCUUCACCUCUGCCAGAGGCUCGUUGUCCUGAACCCUGGAACGCCACACUUCUCCUGGAAAACCACCUUCAAUGUGAAGAGCCCACGUCAGUGUGACUGUAGUAUCUCUGUAUAUACCGAAGGUGUUGCACGCGUGCGUGUGUGUUGGUGCAAUGGCAGUGGCAAUGCCGCCUUACCCACACAGGUCUGGGUCUGUGGCUAAGAAGUGGUGGCCUUUUCGUUCAGGCCUAAAGGUCCCAAGAGCUGGGCCUCUCAUUCCAGACAAACCUUUCUCCUGUGUCUUUCAUCAGUUCAGUGGCUAUUGAAGUGAAGCAAUUCUAGAAAAGGAAGGAAGGCAGGCAGGUUUAGGCAACCGAGCUGGAGUUUCAGUCCUGAACGAGAAACCUCGCCCGUAUUGGUAUGGAGCUGGCAUGCACAUGUACCAGCCUAACCGAUGCUCUCCCUCCCUAGGGAGACUGGGCUUCACUCUCAGUAACACACAGACUUUGUGAGUUCUCAGUGUGCUUAGGCCGCAACCAUGGAAACAGCAGCCCUGGGUUGAGUCAGGGCUACCGAGCUAAGUAGGUUGGUUCUUGGUCUCUUUAUCUUUGAGCCAGGGUGAACACGGGCUUCAAUGGCCUUGUCCAGAUCCCUACCAUCCCUUUCUUCCCCGUCUAAUAUCCUCAUUCUUCCAUAUAGACUCAAAUUUCUCACUGUUGGUUUUCGUUUUAUUUGUUUUAUGAGAUAGGGUCUGCCUAUGUAGCCUAGGCUGGCCACAAAUGAUCCUCCUGCCUCCGCUUUUGGAAUGGCAAGGAUUACAGGCACGCAAGACCACAUUUCAGCCUUUCAUUUCCUGUUUGCAACCUUGCUUAUUAUCAGAAAGGUGGGGAAUAUUAAAUGUUGAGGACCAGGAGACCUGGGGAAAAAAAAAAAAAACCUGUGGCGCCAGAAAAGCAAGAGAGCAGCUGCGCACUGCAGGCAGCACAAUCUGCAAGGUCAGGCAGAAGCACACUCGGUGGGUACCUCUGAUGGGAGGCAGAACCCGGAACAGGCCCUGCACUGUUGCAUCAUGGGCUGUGGCCUAAGAAGGCCUCUCACCAGCUCCUCCCUCUGAGGCUCUGACAAGGCAGUCAGAGCUGGCUGACUAGGAGCCUGGUUUCAGGUUCUCUGAAAGCAGCAGAGGAUGAGCCGAGCGAUUCUUUUUAUACUUUGUACAUAGGCCUCACAUGUACGUAAACAGUGUUUUUGAAUAAAGUUUUUGUUGUUGUUGUUUUGGUAGAUUCA